AUGAUCGGUGCAAGCGCUGUGCCAGACUUGGUGGAGAUUGGGUAUGAGAUCACGCGACCAAAGGGCAAGUAUGUCCAAGGUGGCAUACCGCCGCCAGGCUAUGAGAAGGAAUUCGGUGUGGCGGAGCGAAGCAUCGGUGCUGUGGAAGGGCUGGCGAACCCGUGGCAGUAUCUUUUUGAGACGAUUGGCUGGUAUAGGGACAAGCGGUUUCCGGAUGAAAAAUGGUGA